GAAAUCAGAGAUUAUGUUGAAAAAUGAAGAAAUAUUAUUUUCUACUAACUCUUUUUGUUGUAUUCUGGAUUAAUUUUAGCUUUUGACUUUGAUUGAGAUUGCUUAGGAACUGCUUAAUUUUGGUUUUUAUGUUGAACUUGAAAAUUCAUAAUUGAUAAUCAAGUCUGUGAAGAAUGAAGCUUAUACUGAAAAUAAAUUUCAGUUUCAAGUACUUGUAUGGUUUGUGUUUCCUUCUUGUUUAUUAGGUAAAUUUCACUAUUUUGUAUUCAUAAACAAGAUUUACUCAUUGGCUGAAAUCUGUGAGAAAGAAUCGAAAUAUUGAUAUCUAGAAAAAAACUACUGCAGAAGUUGAAACAAAAUAUUGGCAUUUGGUAAAUUUCGUGUUAUGUUUUGAGGAUUUUUUUUAUUUGAAAUGUAAUUUGGUAGGCCUAUUAUCUUCUUUCUUUCAGAGGUAGGAUUGAUUUGAUAUUUAGCUAAGCAUUUUUGGUUUCCGAGAGAGCAUACUUCGAUAUCAUUGUGUGUCUCUAGUAAUCAUUUGUGAUACUUAUAUCAUACUUGAAUGAGUUUAUAUCAUGCUCUUGAGUGGAGAGAAUGAUAAGUUGAAAUAGGUUUCAUGCUCAAUUUUUGGCUUUGUUUCAUUUUUCCGUGAAUUACAACUUCAUUUCCUGCAUUCAAAUAUGUCUGCAAAGUCAUUAUGAUAUUCAGUAUAACUUUAAUGUUAUAUUAUUGAAGAGUUCCCUCCUCCCUGUAAUAUUUUUGAAGAGCUUACUCGUGUAAGUAGUGAUGUAGUAUCAACUUUAUUUAUAAUUGGAUAUUAGGUCGCAUGGGAUGAGUUCUCCCUUUGGAGGGUGAUAAACAGAGAGGUGAUAUGUUAUAGCAUGUCAACAAAUUAAGAUUCUCAGAUAUAUUUAAAGCUGAUUUCUUGCAGAUCUAUAGUGUCCCUACAUAAAUGAUAUUACUUGCAUAUGAUACAGGAGUGCCUCCUGGGAUUUAUUUUCUGAUUGUGAAACAAAUGAAAGGUUUGGGAGCCAUUCUUGAAUAUUUUUAUCUAGAAUAUGUAAUUGCUUCUAGCACUUGAUCAUCAUUUAAAGGUUUGUAAUUGCUUCUAAUACUUAAUCAUCAUUUUAAGGUUUUACGGAUUGAAGCUGGAAGUUUAGUUGAUCAGUUUUCAUUGGUUCAGAAAGGAGUGAAUUUGAAUUGUUUGUGGACUCGCCUGUUUAACUAUAGAACAUGUAUGAAACUGUUAGGCAUUGCUUAACGGAUUCUUGUAUGGUUAUAUUGGUAGAAAGAAAAGAUAGACUUCAGUUUAUAAUGAUUCAGGAAGCAGGAUUAUUUGAAACAUCUGAAAUAUUUCGAGACUCGUGCUCAAUUAUGGGUACUUUAAAGAUUCAAAUAAUCAUAUGGGGAUUAUCAAGACUAUCGGAUUUCAAGGGUCACUUACUGGAUAUGCUGUACCUUUAUUGUUUCUAGAGGCAGCACCUCAUUCUACACAUGCCAGAGAGGACAAACUGCAUUGUUUUCAUGUCAAUGUAAUAGUCUUCCAAUCAGAACACUACAGCAAUAAGAUGAAUGAUACGGCUGCUGUUACUUCUGAUAUUGCCAUCCCCGACAUGCAAAAGUUUAUGCAUGAAGGUCUCUCAUACAAUACCAAAGACAUGGAAAGGGUACAAAAUGCCUUGAAAGUUUCAUAUGAAGUGGAUAUGACCUUAGCCCUCUUUUCUGAAAAGUUGACAAAUAUGGAGGAUCUUUUGUCGCGCAUUUUACUCUGGGAAAAUGAUAUUGGAUCAAUACCUGUUGAGGAUGAUAACAUAUCUGCAGAAUUGAUUGAAAAGGCUUUAAUGUUUGAUCUGUUGUGCGCUUUUUUAUGUUCCGAGGUGAGAGAAUUAGACAAUCUAAUGGGUGAUCUUCAAGAUACUAUUGUCAAUGCCCUUAAUGAGAUAUCUUCUUGUGGACAACCGACAGAAUUGCUCACUGGGCUUGAAAGUAAACUGCGUGAUUCUGAAGAAUUACUAAAACAGUCACAAGAGCAAGUCCAGGAGAUAAAGAUCCAAUUAGCCAAGUUGCAGAUGAGCUCAUUUUCUUCUAAACAAAAUGAAUGGAAAUAUGACUUGGUCGAGGGUCUCAACGAAGAAUUUCAUUUAGAAAGCACAGAGUUCAAGCCGCAAAUGCAGACAAUGGAACAAAGGCGUGUUUUAAGAAUGCUGGAAAAAUCUCUUGCAAGAGAGUUGGGACUUGAGAAGAAAUUGACUGGACUAAAACAAAAUGAGGAAGAUCUUAAAUUGAAGAUACGGUUAACAGAACAAGUUGCUGUACGCAUGGAAGAGGCGGCAGAGGCUGCUUGGAGCAGGUUCUUAGAGGCGGAAAAUACAGCAGAAGUGCUGACGGGAAUUUCAAAAGAAAUGGCGGGCAGGCUUCAGAUUGUUCGGUUCAAUCUGAAUGGUUCAACCAAUAAAGAAGAAGAAAUGAAAUCUAAACUCCAAGAUUGCAUAGAUCAACUGAACGACAAAGAAUUUGCAAUUGGAAAACUCAACAGCAGCAUUUCACAGCUUAUCGCCGAUAAUUCUGAAGUGACUCAUGUAAGAGAACAAUUUAAUAUGCUAGGGGAAAAGCUGAACGAAACUGAGUCCCAGCUCAAAAAGGCAAAUGCAUCAAGUGAAACGAGUCAACUGAAAUUAAAAGAGAUGGAGGGUGAAAUCCAGUCCCUAAGGGAAACUAUAUAUGAUGCGGAGAGCAGGGCUGAAAGUGCAGAGACCAAAGUUACUUAUUUAACAGAGACAAACAUGGAACUGACAGAAGAACUAGGUUUUCUGAGAGGUAGUAAUGAUAGCAAUACAAAAAAGGCGAGCAUACUCGAGAAGCAGUUGAGGGAAUUAGAUAUCCAAUUGCAGCAUGCUAGGGCAUCCUCUGAAGCAAGUCAAGAGCAGCAAAACAUGCUAUAUUCUGCAAUUUGGGACAUGGAAAUAUUAAUUGAUGAACUGAAACAAAAAGUUGCCAACGCUGAAAGUAAGACUGAGAGUGCGGAGAACCGAUGUAUUAUAUUGUCCGACACGAAUUCAGAACUUAACGAAGAACUAGAUUUUCUGAGAGCCAGAAUGGAAUUCUUGGAGAAAUCUAUAAACCAAGAGACAAUUGAGAAAAAUUCAUGUAUGGACGACAUUAAUAUCAAAACCGAUCUAAUUAUGGAUAUGGUUACGCAACUGGCAUUGGAAAGGGAGAGAAUACACAAACAGUUGUACUAUUUGACAAAGGAAAACAAAUUGUUGAGGGAGAAGUUUCAGGAAUCAACGAAGCUUGCACCCGUAGUUCAGAGAGACAAUAGCAGUAGUGAAAAUAAAGAAUUCCCAUCGUCCGGGCUCAAUUCACUUGAUGCUUUUUCUACAAGAUUUUCAGCUGAAAUGACUACACCAUUCUCAUCCAAAAGUUUUCAGGCUCAACAAUAUGAAACUACCAAGGAUGCAUAUGUUUCAGGAACCAAAUUCCUGUUUUCUGGGUCAUACGGUACAAACAAAAUGUGUACAAAUCACCAGGGGACGUGGCCCCAGAUCAGAGUGAAGUGUCUUCUAGUUCUGCAAACAACGAAACAAAUUCCUCUCCGAUGGUGGAUGCAGAGAGAAUGGUAAAAACCAGGAGUUGUAGGAGAACGUUCACAAUCAUGGCAGUUCUGAUGCUUUCGAUUUUAGCAGCACAUCUGUUUAACAAAAAUCCUGUGGCCUUGAAAUUUUUCGAGAGUUAAUUCUUUGCAGUUUCAAGAUCACUAGGAUUCUUUUUUCUGUACACAUAUUUCCUGCAAGUCCUGUUUGUAAGAAAACAUGAUUUUGUGGCCAUCAAAAGUGGAUGUAACUUGGCACAAUUUUUAGUUUUUAUUAAUUAUUUCUCAUAAAGGUAGCUUUGAAAUGAUGGAAAAAUUCAUGUUGUAUACAAAGUUUAGCUGAUGUUCCUAGGAUUACUUUGAACCUCAAAAAGAGGUAUUUUGUAAAUGUAUCAAUUGCUUAUUUCUUGAAUGUAA